AUGGGGUGGUCGGGAUGUUCAGAGAUUUAUUCCAGACCCUUGAAUGAUAAUGGUCUGGCUACCGAACUGUCCACGGAGGCCAACGUUGAUGCGGGUGUUCCUUGCACCAAGCAUUUCAUCCUGUAUGGACAGGAGACAAACCGUACAGGUGGGAUGGGGAGCAUGGAUGGUGGUACUGGUGACCCUGGCGGCUGGCGGCUGGCGGCCCUCGAAAUUCCAUCUCCUCUUCAUUCGGUAACUCGCGCACGAUGA